CAUGCCAAAAUAGAUUCGCGCGGGAAAGUGGUGAGGUUGGCAGCUUUGACAGCUUUUCAUUUCCGCCGUUUUCGAAGACGAAAGGUGACGGUUACGGGCGGCUGAAGUAGUGCUGAAAGAACAGGUCCUUUGUGUGUGAUCGGACGGGACUCGUGCUUAAUCUGAGUAAGUUCUAGUGCGCUUGGAACACGGAACCACGGAAAUUUAUUGUACUCUCCAAGAUUCCCGUUGCAUUUCGAUAAAAAUGUACAGCAACUCUUACAACUAUCCUCCGGACAGCGGGAGCUCUCAACCCGGCCGCGGUAAAGUCGGGGGUGCUGGCCAUACGGGCGGUAAUGAAAACCAGUUCGCCGGCUCAGUGUACGGCCAUGGCUCGUCCCAGAAUCCAGCGGGGCAGACCUACUACCCUCAACAGGAGAUGUCGCGGCGGCCUCUGCAAACCAUGCAAGUUCAGAAUAGCCAGCAGAUGAGGCCACAGCAUCAGAUGUACCACGGCCCCUCCCAGCCGCUAAUGUACUCCUCCCAGCCCAUGGACAUGUACACCCCUCAUGACUUCGAGCGCCCCCACGGCUUCGGCCGAGGCUACAGCGAGCCCACGGACUUUCCUCCGAGCCAGCCGUACCGCCAGCCCGGCCAGCUCGGCCAGCAGGGAUUCGGGGACGUGGACAUGAGGUUUCCAGGCCCGGCCGCGCGCCGCUUCCAAGGGCACGAGCUGCAGGCCUACCCCCAGGCUUGCCCCCAGGCUUGCCCCCAGGACCCCCCGAUGCUCAGCAGGCCUCUCUACCCGGUCGGCGACAUGCCGGUCGCAGGAGCAGGGUACGCAGGAGUCCCAGCAGCCGACAGGAUGUACUGCGACACCCCCCCGUCCGGCUACUCUGGCUUCACGCCAUCGCAGACGUCGGUUCGUCCCCAGAGCACACCGAUCACGGCCAGCGGCGCCGCCCCGGCGACCAACUCGAUGUGCACCUCCACAUCGACGGGCCGCGGCUACCCCCGCGCCUCGGAGACCGCCAGCACGGCCAACCCCCAGCCGCCCCAGCAGGCGCCGCGACAGCCGGGCCAGCAGCGCCAGCAGCGCCACGUGGCCGCCGAGGUGGUGCCGGCGGUGCCAGUGUGGACGCGGCCCACGCCGAAGGUGGUGAAGGACGAGCCCAACGCGCCUCGCGGCGGCCCUGGGGGCAGCAGAGUAGUGCCUCUUGCCUCGGUGGUGAAGGCCUCCACCCUGAGCCAGCCCGCGGCCGCUUCGCAGUCGCCGCAGUCCAGCAGCAGCAGACCCAUGCCGUCCUCGGCGGCCGACAAGCCUCGCCAGCCUCGCCAGUCCGGAAGGGCCACUCCCAACAUCGACCUUGGAGUCCGGAUCAUCACGGGCACCGUGGAGAACAUCCUGGACUGGGGCCGCAAGCUGAGCGAAGAGGCCGCCCCAACAUCCUGUUCGAGAUCGUGGGCUCGCUGGACUCGGUGGCGCGCGGCCAGUGGUACAGCUCUCAGAUGAUCUGCCUCCGGGGCUUGGACAACAGAGCCGCCACUGUCUCGUCCGUCUUUUGGGAGAUCGACCGGCCGCUCUCGCCGCCGCCCGUGGGGUCCGUUGUCGUGUGCGACUGCCUCGUGGGGCCCAAACUCACCCAGAGGCAGAAGCUCGAGAUGGUGCCGUCGAAGCGCUUGCCCAGGAUGCAGGUGCUCAAGAUGCGCGCCAUCAGCGCCGGCCAGGUGGCGCACUACCGGCGCAUCGCGUACGUCAGCAGCCACGC